AGAAAUGAACCGUGUAAUCUCCGUGCUUCUAGUGCUAGUCCAUGCCAUCGCUGCAGUGGGUGCCGUCCCGUGGAACGACGAGGCUCGUCUGGUCUCAGAUCUGUGGGCGAACGCCGGGUACGAUGCCGAGACCCGCCCAGUCCGAAACGCCUCCGAGACGGUGCAAGUCGCUCUGCGGGUGGAUGUCUUCUCCAUCCUUAAUAUUGAUUCCAAGGAACAAGUAAUUACAAUGGCUUCUGCAUUUAACAUGAAAUGGCAAGAUGACAGGUUGAAGUGGGACCCUGACGUCUACAACGGCCUGGAGUAUCUGUCAGUUGCGGCGGGCAAGACCUGGUAUCCCAAACUCAUUGUGAUGAACGCUCUGGAAGAGACGAGAUUGAUCACGGACGACACAGAGAUAUUUGUCACCAGUGAGGGCGUGCUUCACGUUAGAAAUAACCUCGGCUUCAAGACGCAAUGCCACCUCCAGCAGUCGUUGUUCCCCUUCGAUGUCCAGGAAUGCUGGUUCGUUGUCGGCACAGUUGGCGUCCCAAGCGGCGUCAUGAGGUUAGAUGCCUUCAAGGCCGAUAGACCUCGUGAGAGUAUCAUGGCAAUAUCCAGUUGGCGUCUUGAGGACCUCACGGUCCGAGGAAUACUGUCACCGACUUGCAUCGACGCAAUAUCGGAUGGUGAGGACUGCCACCGAUCCUCAGAGGCCAUGUUGAGCCUCACGCUGAGGCGCGAGCCCAAGUACCACGUGUACACGGUACUGGCCCCCUGCACGAUCUUCACGCUGCUCGCCUCAAUGAUCUUCUGGCUGCCCAACGAGUGCGGCGAGAAACUCUCCUUCGGCAUUUCCAUCUUCUUCGGUUUUGUUAUCUUUCAGCUGCUUGUUCAGGAUGAGUUGAGUGAUGCGGGAGGCGAGACACCUUCAGUCAUGAUUCGCUACGUGCUCUUCAACUUCGUACUUGCCGGUUUUGCAGUCAUGAUAUCUGCUGUAUCUAUUGCCCUCUACCACAGAAGUGAUGGCGGGGAAACCUCACAGGGUUUCCCCACACCUCGUGCACAAGUUGGCAGUGAGGGUCACCAACAAGCUACACUCACUCAAGACGGCGAAGGGGAUGCAGCACAACACGAGGAAACAACGCAGUCGAAGGCAAAGAAAUCCUGGAACUUGAAGAAAAUUGCGAAGUAUCUGGAUCGCGUCUCCUUUGUUGUAUUCUACAUCGCUUUCCUCACCUAUUUUUUGGCGAUAGUUGUUGAGGUUGUCCAGACCCCGGGCGAGACGCCAGAAGUUGCCACUUCGUGAGGUUACCGCUUCGUGAGGUUACCGGUACACAUCGGGGUGUUCGUGAUCGUGAAGUUUUACCGGUGUCGGUUUACAGAUUAUGUGCAUAGAAUUUGUCUGCACAUCCAUAAGAACCUGAAUAAAAGUCAAGUACUGCGUGUAUAUAAUCGUUUGCACUAAUGAAAAUCUGCAUGUCUUUUGAUUAGGAGAAAUUGUGAUACUUUUUUUUUAAUGGGGUUGACCUUUUGGAGAUUUGAACGCCUACGCCAUUUAACCGCCAUAUAACCGCAAUAUAUUGAAAGGUAAAAGUGGAAUUAACUUAAAAUACAACUACGCAAUAGUCUAAUAUCCUCACAUUAUUUGCAUUGUCAGUCGUUAUUGGGAGUUACUUUUAAUGCGUGGAUUUGGGUGUUAAGUUUUUUUCAUAUUGGUGUCUCGUUAACUAUAGAGGUCGUCUGUUAUAGAUAUUGUGCACUAUCUUGUUUGGUAAAUGGGCCUUCAGGCAUAUAUUACUGUACAAAAUUAUCCAUCGAUGUAAAUCCAAAAUUGCAGUCAGGCAAGAUGGCGUCGGUCAGUCACCCCCUCUGUACUUUCUUUGCCGGUGAGGGGGUACUUGUGAACGGAGCGGAUAACCACUUCAAGAACAACAGAUUUGUAAGAAUUUGUUUUAACUUCAUUGACAUGUAAACUGUUUAAUCAAAGAGUUUUUAUUUCUUUGUUUAAAAAAAAUCAAUGGAAAUAAAAUGUAUCUCAUAUAAAUUUUCUGUUUUGGUAUACAUUUAGACGACUCUACUUUUGAACAAUGGGAGUGGUCGAGAAUGGUUCCCUCCACACAUUCAAAUGGAAGGAUAGGGAACCAGUGCGUAUAGCUUCACCGUUAAGUAAAGCUCGUAAUGGCAAACACUAUCCAGGUUUUUACAAUGAGAUCAGUGGGAUGAUAGUGCAAUGAGUUCUUGUAUAGUAUAGAUACUCGUGAUGAUGUGGUUGAUAUUAUCAUUAAAAUAUGCACUUUUUUUCAUAAAGGACUGUGCACCGAAUAUAAUGCAUUCGCAGAUCAUAGGAUGUCAGCAAGACAUUAAAUAUUCAGAACUGUGACUGUUGUCCUUACUUUUAUCAGCAGCAUCAGUUUGGUAGGUUUUAGAGGUUUUUUUAAAGGUUUUAUUAGUGUAAACCAAUUUUAUGACCAAAUUUGCCGAGAAAUGAACACUCCUUUAAAACACCCACUCGCUGUUUGGAUCCGUGCAAUUCAAAUUUGUUCAACAGAUCAUCAGCAACUAAACCACUGACACACGAACAUUUCUAAUUCACCGUUGAAACAUGGAGCCGAGUUUUCACACAGGAAAUCAGACAUGUCUUAAUUUGGCAGAGUGCUCCGAUGGACGUAAAGACGGUUCGGCGAAUAAACGACGGCAUUAAGGCCAGCAACACAAAUGUAGGCCUACAUUAUCGUAUUAAAAUCGGUGCUAUCUGUGAUGCUGGCCGGUUCAUAAUUGCAGGCUACAUGAUAUGGCACUUUCAAUUAACGAGAUGUGGAGAGUGAGUGCUUUUCAGGCAUAAUGGAUCAUUUGCAUUAAUCCUAAAAGUAAUCUACCGAAUUCAAGCUGACUUGGAUUAAAGAUUGUACUGGUACUA